GUGGCGGGAGCGGAGCGGGAUGGCCACGGCGGCCUCUAACCCCUACCUGCCGGGGAACAGCCUGCUAGCGGCCGGCUCCAUCGUCCACUCGGACGCGGCGGGGGCUGGCGGCGGCGGGGGCGGCGGCGGCGGCGGCGGGGCGGGCGGCGGCGGCGGCGGCAUGCCGCCCGGCAGCGCCGCCGUGACCUCGGGUGCCUACCGGGGGGACCCGGCCUCCGUCAAGAUGGUGCAGAGCGACUUCAUGCAGGGGGCCAUGGCCGCCAGCAACGGCGGCCAUAUGCUGAGCCACGCGCACCAGUGGGUGACGGCCCUGCCCCACGCCGCCGCCGCCGCCGCGGCCGCCGCCGCCGCCGCCGUGGAGGCGAGCUCGCCGUGGUCCGGCAGCGCCGUGGGAAUGGCCGGCAGCCCCCAGCAGCCACCGCCGCCGCCGCCGCCGCCGCCGCCCCAGGGCCCCGACGUGAAGGGCGGCGCGGGGCGCGACGACCUGCACGCGGGCACCGCUCUGCACCACCGCGGGCCGCCGCACCUCGGGCCGCCGCCGCCGCCGCCGCACCAGGGCCACCCCGGGGGCUGGGGGGCCGCCGCCGCCGCCGCCGCCGCUGCCGCCGCCGCCGCCGCCGCCGCGCACCUCCCGUCCAUGGCUGGGGGCCAGCAGCCGCCGCCGCAGAGCCUGCUCUACUCGCAGCCCGGGGGCUUCACGGUGAACGGCAUGCUGAGCGCGCCCCCGGGGCCGGGCGGCGGCGGUGGAGGCGGCGCGGGCGGCGGCGCCCAGAGCCUGGUGCACCCGGGGCUGGUGCGCGGAGACACCCCCGACCUGGCCGAGCACCACCAUCACCACCACCACCACGCGCACGCGCACCCGCCGCACCCGCACCACGCGCAGGGACCCCCGCACCACGGCGGCGGCGGCGGCGGCGCGGGGCCCGGACUCAACAGCCACGACCCGCACUCGGACGAGGACACGCCGACGUCCGACGACCUGGAACAGUUCGCCAAGCAGUUCAAGCAGCGGCGCAUCAAGCUGGGCUUCACGCAGGCCGACGUGGGGCUGGCGCUGGGCACCCUGUACGGCAACGUGUUCUCGCAGACCACCAUCUGCCGCUUCGAGGCCCUGCAGCUGAGCUUCAAGAAUAUGUGCAAGCUCAAGCCGCUGCUGAACAAGUGGCUGGAGGAGGCGGACUCGAGCACCGGCAGCCCCACGAGCAUCGACAAGAUCGCGGCGCAGGGCCGCAAGCGCAAGAAGCGGACCUCCAUCGAGGUGAGCGUCAAGGGCGCGCUCGAGAGCCACUUUCUCAAGUGCCCCAAGCCCUCUGCGCAGGAGAUCACCAACCUGGCCGACAGCCUGCAGCUCGAGAAGGAGGUGGUGCGGGUCUGGUUCUGCAACCGGCGCCAGAAGGAGAAGCGCAUGACGCCGCCCGGGAUCCAGCAGCAGACGCCUGACGACGUCUACUCGCAGGUGGGCACCGUGAGCGCCGACACGCCGCCGCCGCACCACGGGCUGCAGACAAGCGUGCAGUGAAGGCCCGGGCGCAGCGCGGAGCGGG